AUGGAGCGGUCCAGCAAGCUAGCAGACCUCACCCUCGUCUCCAAGUACUACCCCGUCGCCAACUACUCCUACCCGCGCAACGACCAUGCAUCGCGCUGCAGCACCAGGCUGUCCACCGGCAGGUCCGAGAGGACGUCACUGGGAUCCGAGGGCUCGGCACCGGGUUUGAUCGACGACCGCACCGACUCGGAGGUGUCGGUGGACGACGACUACCAGUGGCAUGCCAACAUGUCGGAGUUGUGGGAUAGCUUCUGGCCUCGAGAUGCCGCGACGAAGCCCAUGGAGGAGGCAACGAUUCACCCGAAGAAGCAGUAUCCCGCCUUGAUACCGUCGCCGCGUAACCGUCGGAGACGGCAGCCGUCUCCCAACAGCCGGUGUCCGGCGUGGCCGCUGCCGGAUGGCUCGCCGCGAGAACGGAGCAGAAAGCCGGCGGCCACUUACACGGCCUCGCCGAAGCCAAAGCCUGCCAUCACCUACAGCCCCUUUCCGAAACCACCAAAGCCCACGCCUGCUUCUCAGCGCAUAAGUCGCCAGGCAUCUAUCUUUAAGCCGACCUCAAGGCCAGUUCUGCGGCCGGUGCGCCCCCCGCGCCCCGAUGACGAGCUCCUCAUCGACUGUGUCCAGCCGCCGGCCUCAGCUCCAGCCAUUAUCACUACCUGUGCCGUCGGAGAUCGCCACUCGCGGCAAGAGGCCCCCCUCUCACCAACCAUGGACUGGUCCCCUAUCGUCCAGCGCCAGACCAGGUCUCUCGACGAAGGCACCAACCGCCCCAUGACAGCAAACGCCGGCGUCUACUCGUCCAACGCUCACUCCGCCACACAUCUACCUCUCUCCCCCUGCCAGGCUCCCAAGUCACGCGCGCCACGACACUUCAAGUCCAUGGCCCAGCUCGUCGCGAAGCCCCUGCCCCCUCUCCCCGCGACGACGCGACCCGUAGAGCCAGAGCCUCACUCCGUCUUCGAGGACGACUCGUCCGACGACGACGGCGAGCGGGAGAACCGCCGUUCCUUUUUCCGCUUCCACAAGCGCUCCGACAGCGAUCAGCGCCAUACAUCCAAGGCGCCAGCUUCAUCGCAAGUCACGCCAGCGCGGCGCCGGGCGCGCGCGCUUACUGCUCCGUCGUCGCCCACGCGGCAGCAGCCGGAUCGCUUGUGCAAGCAGGAAACGCCUGGCCGGAAGAAGCAGGGACCAGAGGUGUUUGGCCGCAUGCUGGGACGGAGGAGCAGAUAG